AUGGCCCCUGCGUCCCAGCAGGUGCAAUUGACAGAUACCCGAGCUGCGAACAACUCGGCGGCAUAUGAAGAAGAGAAUGUGCAUGCGGUCUAUGAUGUGAUUGCGGACCACUUUUCUAGCACACGAUACAAACCAUGGCCUCUUGUGGCUACAUUUCUUAGCACGAUACCACCUGGAAGUAUUGGUGCCGAUCUGGGAUGUGGGAAUGGAAAGUACCUUUACCUACGAUCGGCUUUGGGCGAGCCAUCGAACAAUAGUAGCCUCAUAACCUUAGGCGCUGAUCGAUGUGAGCCAUUAGUCCGUGCCGCACAGUACAAUUUUCCGCCCUCAGAGAAUACAGUGAAGCAUAUUCAUGAUGUGGCGGUAUCAGAUGCAUUGUGUAGCAACUAUCGUGAUGCUGUAUUUGACUACGCGCUCAGUAUUGCUACUAUUCAUCACUUUUCUACCCCGGAACGACGAAGACAAUCUAUCGAAGAAUUGAUUCGGAUCGUCAAGCCAGUACAGAAAUCGUCGUCCCUGUCUCAGGAGCCGACAGAUACGCCGACCUGCCAUGCCGCUGGUCGUUUCAUGGUGUAUGUGUGGGCCUUUGAGCAGCGAGGAGGUGGUCGGCGUCUUUUUGAUACCCAUUUGGCCGAUUGCCAAGAUGCAGCUGCGGCACAGGAUAAGGGAAAGAAGAUGUACACCAUCGAUAUUAUCACCUCUUCCGUGAAAAUGAAUUAG